UGAAAGUGAUGAAGAUAUUGUCAACAUGCCUCUCCAAGACAGAAAGUCUAGAGGACCAAACAGAUCAAACCCCAAACCUAAAGAUAAGGAGCUUCUUGAUCUCAAGAGGCUUUUAUCACUGAUCACAGCUCCAGUGUCAAAACAGGUUUCAUCUUUGAAUCAAUCCAAGGGACGAAAGCCUCAGAACUCCUCAAAUGUUCCUGAUCACCGGAAAAUCGGCACAACCAGCGAAGCAUCAGAGCUGGAUAACUUCAGUGUGAUCUACAGAAAUCAGAGGUGUUUUAGUGACCAGCCACAUCACAGACUGUUCCUGGACAUCUUCACUGCGUUGAUCAACAACAGACUCGGUUGCAGGAGCUGGCUGGACAGUUCUUCCUCGGACAACAUCCUAAGAGUUUUAAACUGCUUGAGAUUGUUGAUCAGGGAUCCUCUUCACCAGAAAGUCUUCUUUGAACUCCAAGGCGCCGGGCAGCUCGCUGAGCACAUGGAGUCGGUUGCAACAGUUUAUCUAGAAUGCAGAGAACAGAGGCUGGAAAUCGAGCAGCUGGUUGCAAUGACAUAUAUGUUUCAGAAGUUGUCUUCUGUUGAGGAGCAAAGGCAGUGGAUUAUUAAUUGCGGUGCACAUAAGACCCUCAUGAAGCUGCUCUGUACGCGGGACAGUAGCGUGGUGUUAGGAUCUCUGCUGGCUCUCACCACACUGGCUGAAAGUCAAGAAUGCAAAGAGAAGAUUGCAGAGCUCUCGCUUGUGGAGCACCUUCUAGUUUUUUUACAGGAGUAUGACAUGUUUUCCAAAAGGUUGAGCGUGGAGCUGCUGAGGUUGCUGUGCUCGGUGCAGUGUGUCAGGGAUCAGGUGCGUCAGUGUGACGGGGUGCCAGUGCUGCUCAGUCUCCUGCACUCGGAGCACGUGAAGCUGCUGUGGAGCGCCGUGUGGGUCCUCGUGCAGCUGUGUCAGGAUCCCGACACCAGCGCUGAGAUCCGGGCCUGGGGCGGCGUGCAACAGCUGCUGCGCAUCUUACACGGAGAACGAGUGUACGUGUCUGAUCGCUCCACAAUAGAAACGCUUUCCAGCGCCAACGCGGCGGGCAGGAUACACAGACAGCACGUGUCGGCGGAGGUGAGUCCCCAAGAGACGGCCGAGAACACCAUCAAUCUGCAGGCAGCAUGCUGUGCAGCCAUCACUGAGCUUGUUUUGGACGACACAACAGCACAUAAUGUGGUUCAGGAGAAUGGUGUGUACAUAAUUGGCAAACUGAUUUUACCACAAAACCUUCAAGAUCCUCAGGCAAAAUCUCUACAGUGUUAUGCUUUUAGGGCCCUACGAUUCCUUUUUAGUAUGGAACGCAAUAGACAUCACUUUAAAAGACUGUUUUCUCCGGAGUUGUUUGAGAUGUUUAUUGAUGUUGGACACUAUGUAAGAGACAUUAGUGCGUAUGAACUGCUGCAGGAGAAAAUCGCGCUCUUAUCGGAGGAGGAAUUGGAUGUUCUCAGGGAAAGCAUAGAGAUGGUGAACCAGAACCGACCUCCUUUGAGAGUGAUCAACGGUUAUGCGGUUUUGGACCAUCUAGGCAGCGGUGCCUUUGGCAGCGUCUUUAAGGUCCGUAAGCAGAGCGGACAGAACAUUCUGGCACUGAAGGAGGUAAACUUUCACAAUCCAGCUUUUGGCAAAGACAAGCGAUCCAGAGACAGCAGCGUGGAGAAGAUUGUGUCUGAGCUGACCAUCAUUAAAGAGCAGAUGUCUCAUCCAAACGUUGUGAAAUACUUCAAAACAUUUUUAGAAGCUGAUAAGCUCUAUAUCGUGAUGGAGCUCAUAGAAGGAGCUCCUCUGGCUGAACAUUUCAGCUCUCUCAAAGAGAAACGGCAGACGUUCACCGAGGAGAGAGUCUGGAACAUUUUCAUACAGAUCUGUCUGGCUUUGAGAUACUUACACAAGGAGAAAAGGAUCAUCCACCGAGAUCUCACACCCAACAAUAUCAUGCUCGGAGAGAGAGAUAAAGUCACUAUUACUGACUUUGGUCUUGCGAAACAGAAACAGGAGAACAGUAAGCUGACGUCAGUGGUUGGGACAAUACUGUAUUGCUGUCCAGAGAUGGUGAAGAACGAGCCGUACGGUGAGAAGGCAGACGUUUGGGCCGUUGGCUGCAUCCUCUAUCAGAUGGUCACCCUCACGCCUCCGUUCUACAGCGCAAACAUGCUCUCGCUCGCUACUAAGAUUGUGGAAGCGGUUUAUGAGCCAGUACAAGACAAAGCCUUCUCUGAGAGAGUGACUGAGGUCAUUAAAUGGUGCUUGACCCCAAACGCAGACGUGCGUCCUGACAUCAUCGAGGUCAGUUCCAGGAUUGCAGAUAUAAUGAUGAAGUUUGUGGACAAUCUCUGUGCAUCCUAUAAUUCACUGGAGAGAAGAGCGGAACGAGACAGGAGGAGAGCGCAGAAGUACUUCCUGGAGAGUAACAGGACCAGGAUGUGCGGCCCACUGCAGCCGAACGGUGGCCUCAGAGAACAAGACGGAUCACAGGCUCAGAGUUUGGAAACUUCUGCAUCUGUCUCAGAGGAACAAGAGCAAAGCCAAGAAAUGUCUGGGAAUGUCGGUGUGAAAUCUUCUGGUGAGCUGAACAUACUCAGUGCGGAUUGCCAAAAAGCAAAAGCACGACCAGCAUCGGCGGGAAUUUGUUUGUCUCAGAGAAAGGUUCGACAAAUUGAUGAUCCCAACCAAAGGCUUCUUGAACUUCUGCAUAAGAUAAUAUUUAUAACUCAGCUCCCUCCAGCUCCACAAAACAGCUUCAAGCAGCGGGCAGUCGAACGCUUCAAGAAGCCUCUGUUCACGUACGGAAGUGAUCCAUACAAUCUGAAGGUGGAGCUCAAUAAGGUUCUUCAAGGAAGCCAGGAGCUGGUGGAGAUGUCUUCAGCCAGCAGAGAGUGGUGGUCCAUGAUCCAGUCUCUGAGUUCAGACCCAUCCACUGCGGAAAACCGUGGAGGGGAAUCAGGUUCCACCAGUCUACAAGAUGGACUCACCUAUGAGGACAUACAGAGUAUGGUGGAGGAUGUGCUGGAGGGAAACGGCUACUACAGCAGGUGAUGUGGAUUGCAGCUGUUUCCUGCUGGAUUUCCUCUGGAUUCGCUCAUUGACUGACUCACUGUCUGUCUGUGCGAGCAGCAGAAGGGACGUGGAUUCA